UUCUCUCUUUGCUUCCUACCGCUUCUUCUUUUCUUUAUGUUCACCACCAGAACCAGACUAUCAUCAAGUGGCAAUAACAAUUUGCCACCAUCGCCACCGAGCUUACCGGUGAUUGGAAACCUUCACCAGCUAGGCACUCAUCCGCACCGGUUCCUUCGAGCGCUCUCGGACAAGUAUGGCCCUCUUAUGUUCAUGCACUUGGGCCAAGUUCCAACUCUUAUCGUUUCAUCUGCGGAUAUGGUCAAAGAGAUCAUUAAGACUCAUGACAUCGUUUUCUCCAAUCGACCAAACACUUUAGGUGCUGAGAUCAUGCUUUAUGGCGGCAAAGACGUGGCCUUUUCUUCUUAUGGUGAAUACUGGAGGCUAGCGCGGAAGGUUAGUGUUGUUGAACUUCUAAGCCUCAAACGCGUGAAACUGUUUCAAUACGUCAGGGAAGAAGAAGUCGAUUUAUUGAUCAGCAUAAUACGCAAGGCUUGUUGCUUUGAAGGGUCUGUAAACCUCAGCAAGAUGCUUAUUGCAACCUCUAAUAACAUAGUGGCAAGGUGUAUGCUUGGGCAGAGAGUUGAGGAUGAAAAUGGUCAGAGUCGAUUUGGGGAGCUGUCCAGAAAGAUUAUGGUAGAUUUUAUGGCCUUCAGUGUGGGAGAUUUCUUCCCUUUUUUGAGAUGGGUUGACGUUCUUAGAGGCUUGAAUGGUCGUUUUACAGCAAGCUCUAAAGCAUUAGACAGCUUCUUUGAUAAAGUGAUUCAAGAACACAAGGCAGUAAUGAAAAGCAAUGAUGGUUCUGGUCAAAAUUUGAAAGAUGAUUUCGUCGAUAUUCUUCUCAGAGUUCAGGAGGAAGAGAAUCUGACGCUAGAGCACUUGAAAGCAAUCUUACUGGACAUGUUCGUGGGUGGAAGUGAUACUACUUCAACAGCAUUAGAAUGGUUAAUGGCAGAGCUUUUAAGAAAUCCAAGAGUGAUGAAGAAAGCUCAAGAAGAAGUUAGAAAAGUAGUGGGAAACAAGUCAAAGAUCGAUCCCAAUGAUAUCAACAAAAUGAGCUACUUAAGCUGUGUCAUCAAAGAAAAUCAAAGAUUACACCCUUCACUCCCUCUGUUACUUCCUCGUGAAACAUCAGCAAGUGUAGAAGUAGGAGGUUACCAUGUUCCUGCUAAAACAAGAGUUUUCAUCAAUGCAUGGGCAAUUCAAAGAGACCGCAGUAUAUGGGAAAAGCCAGAGGAGUUCAUCCCAGAGAGAUUUGAGAACAACCCAAUUGACUUAAAAGGUCAAGAUCAUCAUGACUUGGUGGUGUUUGGGUGUGGGAGAAGGGCUUGUCCUGGCAUGUCAUUUGCUAUGGCUAGUAUGGAAUAUGUGGCUGCUAAUCUUUUGUACUGGUUUGACUGGGAGUUGUUUGGAAAUGGGUCCUCCUCAGAUUUGGAUAUGAGCGAAGUUUAUGGGCUUAGUGUUUCAAAGAAAAUGGCUCUUCAUGUUGUGCCAAAACCUUACUCUCCUUGACAUGUCUUAUUUUGAGGGUUAGUUUUAAUAUUAUGGUAAUGCUUUAUGUGGAUUUUGGUGAAGGAAGUGCAAAACAAAACUAGUGUUUUCUACAAAACAAAUAGCAUCUUACUUUUGUUGCAAUAUCUCUUCUAUAUAAUAAGUGUAUAGAUAUGAGAAAUUAUUGGUUUUAA